UCCCAGUAGGCAGAAAUCAACACGAAACAGUUAACGCUGAAGUAUGCAGACGUAGAAGUGAAACCGGACUCGCGGGUUUCAUAAUUUCCUCAUUUUUUACUAAUUUCUCAUUUCGUGGCUCCGAUUGUGACUCUGCUCUGGAUUCCUGAAGAAGCUGCGAGGAAGGAAGCAAAUUGUUAUUUGACUGUAGUUGUGAAAGACUUCGACCGGGUUUGAUUCCUUCCCACCAGCUGCACCAGCUGAAAGCAACUGUUGGUAUUAUCUUUGAAACAAUGUGUGCCCCUCGUUCGUAUUUCCUGACAUGGGUCCUCCUCAUAUGUAACUUUAUAUUGGGAUCCUACCAUUAUAUUUCCUCCCAGAAGAAGGCCACCUGCAAUGUACAAAAUGGCAGAGCUGACUGCAGUCAUCUCCAGCUUAGUGCAGUCCCUUCAGACUUACCCAGGAACAUCACCAGCCUGGACAUGUCUCACAACAGAUUGUCACGGAUUCUUCCUGAUUCACUGAACCGCUACUCAGGCUUGCUCCACCUCAACAUCAGUUACAACAGCAUCACCAAGCUGGAUGAGGGCUUGUGCCAGAGCCUGCCUCUGCUGCAAACUCUAAAUCUGGAGCAUAACGAGGUGCAUUUGCUGAAAAAGGAAGAUCUGAGCCACUGCACCGGUCUAACAUGGUUGAAUAUGGCUAGCAACAGGCUGAAGCUACAGGGAGAACCCUUCUCUGUACUAGAGAAGCUGAAAUUUCUUGAUGUCUCCAUGAACAAGCUGCAGUCUGCCAAGCUUGGCUCUCAACCUCAGCUGCCCAGCCUGGUGAGCCUCAGUCUUGGAUUCAAUGAUUUCAAUUCUCUGGACAGAGAGGACUUUUCCUUUCUCCAUCUUUCACCGUUUUUAGAGGUCCUCAACAUGUCAUCUGUGUCGCUCAAAACAUUGGAAUCUGGUUGCUUUAAGCCCAUUUCUGGCCUGCACAUGUUAACCCUUGAUGGGAGCAGUAUGGGCACUAAGUUGAUUUCCAAACUCUUCUCAGAGCUGUCAGACACAGUUGUUGAAGUCCUGUCUCUUCAGAAGAUGAAGCUCAUCACACUCACAAAUGCAACGUUUGCAGGCUUGCAGAACACAAAUCUAACUUUUCUGGAUCUGUCUAGUAAUGGCAUGAGCAAAAUUGAAGAAGGCUCGUUUCAGUGGCUGCCUAGACUUCAGACUCUAAUCCUGUCAGACAACAACAUCAAGCAUCUGACCAAGGGAACAUUUCAGGGCCUUAAAAGGCUGAAAAAACUACAACUGACAAAAGCCUUGGUGAAAAGUCACACAUCCGCUAUCCCUAUUAUUGAUGAUUUCUCUUUUCAACCAUUAAGCACCCUUGAAAGCUUGAUAUUGCAAAGAACCACAUUUGUGGAAGUUACAGAGCACACCUUCUCAGGCCUGACAAGUCUCACAGAGCUUGAUCUGAGCUGGAGUAGUUACAUGCACACACCACAGAGAAACAUCACCAACAAGACCUUUGCCUCACUUUCUGCUUCCCCGCUCAGAAAGUUAAAUCUGACAGGAAAUGCUCUUACACAAAUAAAUCCUGGAGGCUUCUCCGCUUUGAAAAUGCUCACAAGUCUUUUUCUAGAUCACAACUUUAUCAAGCAAACACUCACUGGCAAAGAAUUUGAAGGUCUCACUCAGAUACAAGAGAUUCACAUGACCAAUAAUUUCCAAUCAAUUAAUCUGACUUCUAGUUCUUUUGUGAAUAUGCCUAAUCUCAGAGUCCUGACUUUGGGAAAAAGUUUGAAAGCUGAAGCCUUGAACCAGGAUCCCUCUCCAUUCCGGUCACUGUCCAACCUCACUGUAUUGGAUCUCAGCAACAACAAUAUUGCUAAUAUCAGAGAACAUUUGCUGGAGGGGCUUGGGAACCUCAGGGUGCUGAAACUCCAACACAACAACUUAGCUAGGUUGUGGAAGAUGGCUAACCUUGGUGGACCAGUGCUAUUUCUCAAGCAUGUACAAAGGUUGAUAACCUUGCAAAUGGAUUUUAAUGGACUGGAUGAGAUCCCGAGAGAGGCCCUUAGGGGUCUAGGUACCCUGAGGGAGCUAAGCCUUAGUAACAAUCUUUUAAACAAUCUUAAGUAUUCAGUUUUUGAUGAUCUGAAGUCCCUUCGUCUUUUACGUUUAGAGAAAAACCUGAUUACGUCUGUGAGGCCUGAAGUGUUCAGAACUCCCAUGAGCAACCUUAGUGUGCUUGUCAUGGCCAAAAAUCCAUUUGACUGCACCUGUGAGAGCAUUCUGUGGUUUGUGACAUGGUUGAAUAACACAAAUAUGACCAGUGUGCCAGGUCUCAGGGACCAAUAUAUGUGCAACACUCCGCUAGUUUACUUUAAUCACCCCAUUAUGGAUUUUGAUCCCCUCUCUUGUAAAGAUAUGACCCCAUUUCAGGCUCUUUACAUACUAAGCAGCACAGCUGUUUUGAUGUUAAUUUCAAGUGCACUGCUCACGCGGUUCCAAGGCUGGAGGAUUUGUUUUUACUGGAACAUACUGAUCAAUCGGACUCUGGGAUUUAGUGAUGCCAAGGCUGAAGAGGGCAGAGAGUUUGAGUAUGAUGCAUACAUCAUACAUGCACAAGAGGACGCCAGCUGGGUAGAAAGACGGAUGGUCCCUUUAGAGAAUGAACAAUGUCGGUUUUGCUUGGAGGAUCGAGAUUCGAUUCUUGGAAUGUCUCAGCUUGAAUCCAUAGUGAAUAAUAUGAGAAAUUCCAGAAAAAUCUUGUUCGUCGUGACUGAAAGUCUUCUCAGAGAUCCCUGGUGUAGAAGAUUUCAAGUCCAUCAUGCACUUCACCAGGUUAUUGAAGCCAGCAGAGAUUCAGUUGUUCUGGUCUUCCUGCAAGAUGUGCACGACUACAAGUUGUCCCGUUCCCUAUUCCUUCGCAGGGGCAUGUUGCGUCCAAGUUGUGUCUUGAACUGGCCAGUCGAGAAGGAGAGGGUGCCGGCCUUUCAUCAGAAGCUUCUUAUUGCUCUCAGCAUGACUAAUCGACUGCAGGAGUAACUUUUUUUUCUCCAAUAAAAGGCGUAAAAUCAUCAAUACUUACUGUACAGUAACUACUUCCCUAUGGAGGCUUUUGACCUUUUGGGGGUGAAUAUUCUGCUUGUAUAUUUGUUUUUUACUGCAGUAACUAUGUUUGGCAUGUUUUGUUCUUUUUAACAACAGCAUAAAAUUAAAGCAACAUGGAUGUUUCGACAUAAACAUUUAGGAAUUACUUCAACAGAGUUAACUGAACAAAAAGAAAUACAGGCUCAUAUAAAUAGCAUAUCCUACCAUAUAACUGUGAUAGUGGUGUUCAGUUUGUGUGUCUGCAUCAUCACUCAACUCAUACUAGAAUAUAUUUUCCUCAUUUUUAUUUAUAAAAACAAAUUUCAUUUAUGAAAUUGACAUAUUCUGUGGUGUUUAUUAAGCAUUUUAUGUUUUUCCCAAACAGAGCCAUCAUAUAUUCAAUAAUUAGUCCUGUUUAGUACCUUGCUGCAUUUGCAAUGUAUGUGUAAUGUACAUACCAACAUUUCAACAAUAAAAAGCUCCCAGUGCAGUUUGAUUCAAAUAUAAAUACCUUUUCCCAUAAUCAGUGUCGAGUUUUUGAAAAAGCAUAGUUAAAAUGUAAAUAUAUGAAGUAAUUUUAGCUAAAUAAAUUAAAUGGAACAUAGCUUUGUCCAUUUAGCAUUUUUAUUCUGGAAUUUCAUGCAAACAUUAGCAUUCAUUUUGCUGUCAUCAAAUACCAAAGGGCCUUAUUGUGUUUCUCUGAUAUCUUGUGGUUAGAUCAAGUAUUACACCAUUUGUUGCAACCGCUCUGCUGUAAUCAAAUUUACUUGAUUUUCUAAUAUUGUAAAAGAUUGGUUUAGGAAUGUAAGCUAGUGAGCUAUUUGUUUACUAACAUUUGUACAGUUACAUACUUGAAUAACAGGAUUUGUUAGUCACACUGAGCCGCUCUCUCAUGGAAAAUAGAAUAUUACUUGUGCCUGUAGAUGUUUUGUGUGAGAGGGCUACUUAUUUCUAUAACUGCAACUAAUAAUUUUGUGCAAUAAAAUAAUUAUCCCACUACCAUGUUAUAUUGUGGUACAGAGAUUUGGCAUAAGUGCAACAAACGGUUCUUUAGGGCUGGAACCCUGGCUAAGCAGUGGGUUUUCCUUACAUAAGCUCUAAACCUAAACCACGUUCAGUGACUUGAAAUAGACUUUUGACACAGUUCAAAGGUGUUCAUGAACCUGUACUCCCUGCUCAGCCAGGACUCAAGCCCUAAAUAUUUUUUUUAAUGUCUUUUUAUUUUUACUUUUUAGAAACUUUUUCUUUUUAGCAGUGUAAUCAAACUACAGCUAGUAAUUCAAG